AUGAGCAGUGACUCAACCCUAGAUAGUCCUUUUCGCCCCUGCGAGCCUAGUCACCGUAUCGUUUCGCCUCCCCAUACUCUGGACGAUAGUAUUGAAUAUCGCCGAGGAUUUGAUCGAUCGCAAAUUUCUCUUGCAAGCUUUGAAAUACCCUCUGAAAUAGAUCUGAGCAUAGGUAAACCUCUGGAUUACAGCAUAUCGAGUACCGCAAACCCAUUGUUUGGUAACCCAUUUGAUCAUAAAGAGACGUAUUUCCUGGGCCAAGCUACUCAACCUUCGGCAGUUAAGGUUACAGUGACAGACGCAUUUACAACAGCAGUAACAGAUGCAUCGCCAGAUUUGUCCCUGAAAUUACAUGAAACAUUCGAGGAAAAGCUAAGAUCUUCUGAUCGUUUCUCUAGCCACACACAUGCUGAAGCCAUAGUGCACACUUCGAGUUCUCUUUCCCCCGAUUGUUCUCUCCUUAACCUGACUCCUGAAACUGAUUCGGACAAUCAGAGCAAUAUGAAAAAGGUCCCGCCUUUAUCUGCUCAUCUCCUCCCCGGACAGAAAGAGCCAUUUUCUCUGGUCAACUUGAUUGAUCUGAAUGGGCCUGCUUGCCUUAUGUCGCCUCCGCCAUCGCCACAUCUUCCCGCUACAUUGCCGUCUGUAAAAUUUUAUUCUAACGAUAAUCGAAACCAGCUAACACGAUCUCGAUCUGUGCCGACUUCGACCCUUCACAAGGAUGGUGGCCGGGCAGCUGGACAACCUAACGGAAAUGUUUCGUACGACUUGGGUACCCCAAUCUCACGUGUCUCAGCCCUAUUGACCAAGCCAAUCAAUCAGCCUGUCAGCGCGGAGAAUUUUUCUCAAAAUCCACUAAUUGGCCUUGAUUCUACGGAACGAGCAAGUAUUCUGCUAGGUGGAUGGGAUGGCACUCGAACUCCAGAUGACGCUUUAACAUACUUUUCCAGCUCAAGCCUCAUGAAGACUGAAGCAUCAGUCGACUCUACAACGGCUAAAUCACGUCUAGAAGCGAAGCGAAGGUUUCGUAGAGUCCGAUGUAUGUUUGUAUGUAUACUGCUUAUUCUGCCUAUUCUGAGUAAUUAUAGUAGUUAUACAUGA